UUCGACCUCUCAUUGGCCGCAAUGCCGGGGAUAGAAAGAAAAAACAUAACUCUUUGCUCGCGACCGUCGUGUGAGCUUGUCUUUCAUUGGCCGAUCACCAAUAAAUGACAAUUGUCAUUUAGUGGUUUCCUGCGUUCAUUAUGGGAUUUGUGCGUGUCAUUCUCAAUAACUAAGACCGGCAAGCCUUCAAACGGCCCCACAUGAGUCCAGGGGGUGAAGCAUGCCAGACCUUGGCUCCAGAUGGCAGCUGGGAGCAACGCUGGUGAUAUGAGAGAGUGACCAGCCACGGUGCCUUAUGGCCGAAUACCAGCUCCUGGGUGGGGAUGGCUACGGCCAGGGCAUGGAGGAUGGCUCAGGCUCCUUAGCGGGCUAUGGGGCAACCUCCCAGGACUUGGUCUCUCCCUUGAUGGUGGCCAACCCAAUGGGCAGCAGUGCUCCAAGCACCAGUCAAAUGGCUCCUUAUGGCCAGAUACAUCCGGGCUACCCGCAGCCUGCUGACCAGAAGAUGCACUAUGGAGCCUACAGUGCUGGCCAUGUGGCGCAGGAGUACGGCACACGAGUGCAUCCCAUGGGGGAACAGCAGUCUGCGAUGAUGGGUGGUUAUUCGCAACAGCCCAUGGUUGGCCAGCGCAUGCAAGGUUCUGACCAGUACCCUUAUGGCACAAUGGGAGCCGCACAACGCACUCAAGACAUGUGGAGAGGACAUUACAUGAACUCGGGCACUGGCUACCAGCAGCAGCACACAACGGACAUGAGUGCUCAGCACACCAUGGCUGCAGCUGUUGGCACUCAACAUCACAGGACUGGCCAGGCUCAGUAUGGCCCAAAUCAGGACUAUUCACUACACACGCCACAGCAACAUGGCUCUCCACAGAGGCCCUCAUAUGGUCCACAGGGCAAUGGCCCCCACGUGGCUCAGCUGGCAAACAAGGCAGCAGCAACCACAACAACACACAUGGCAGAUCAGUCGAUGGCAUCAUAUCCGCAAACAACGUACCCAUCAGCUCAAGCAGGAACCACUCGAGCCACCUAUGGCACUGCGGGUGCCAUAAGCCACUCUACAGUGGGCCAGAGCUUGCCCCAGGCAAGGACGCUUCAGCGGCCUGGAGGUUAUGCCACCAGUGGCAACAGCAACCAAGCACCACUGCCCCAGAGCAGCCCUGCCCGUAUGCAGCAAUAUCCACAAUCAGCAUAUUCACCAGGGCACCCUUUUCCUGCUUCUGAUGCCACCAGCCCAUCGCACCUUUCUCCGUACCCGACACAGGCACCCAACAGCCCGCAGUAUCGGGGCUCUUAUCCUUCGCCACGUCGCCCCACCACAACGCCACCGGCAGGGUCCCCUAGUGUAGUGACCAGCCAGCAGUCAUCCUCUCAGGGCAGCUACCCAAGCCCAGGGGCCACUCAUCUUUCUAGUCCUGGGCAAGUGUUGUCCCCAGGCAGUGGAGCCACUGCCUCUGCUACACCUGUGGCGUCCAGCAGCCUUCAGCAGCUCGAGCAAAUGGUGAUGCCUCACAUGGCUACUGCUAAGCCACCUUCUGCCACUACGAGUUCAACGGGCAGUUAUUAUGGUAGUGCAGUGCAGCAGUCGUAUGGGCCGGCUCAGGCGCAGCAAGGCUUGGGUUAUGGAGGAAUGCCUUCCACAGCCCAACACCAUGCAUAUCCAGGCCCAAAUCUUAUGACUCGGGCUCGGCCUCUUGCGGGCACACCAGAGGCUUCGACAUUUGGCACAAGUGAAGUGGGACCUAUGGCAGCCAAUACAUCUAUGCCUACACGCAAUGAUUACCCAAUGGGUGCCGCAGGUCCUGCACGAGCAGCACCUGUCUCUCCAGCCUCAUAUGCUGCUUAUACGCAGCAGCAGCCAGUCUCCUCUCUUGGCUAUGAGCAGGCACAGCAGCAACUGCAGCACUUGUAUAGUGUGCCACAGACAGCCCAGACGCAGAAACGGAUAUCGGAGCUCCAGGAGAGGCUGCGCAUCCUUCAGCAGCAGCAGCAGCAGCAGUCUGCACUUCCUUCACCUUCUGCAUCAACUGGUUCAGUGCCAGGAAUGGGAGGUGCUAUGGGAAAUUCGAUGGGCCCCAUGGGUUCCCCAUCUUCAUUGGGCGCAUACCCGACACAGUAUUCUCAGGGAGCUGGCACUGGUGUGCCUACUGCGUCUGCUCCAUACACUCAGCAGAGGCAGCAAAUGCCUCAAGCUCCUGCACAGCCACCUCAGCAGCUGACUGCACAGCAGCAGCCACAUCCCCAGCUUCCACCAUAUGGUCCACAGGCCCAGCAGCAGCUUAUGCAGAAUUCCCAGCUGCAGCCACAGCCGUUACCUUCCCAGUCUUUACAACCACCGUCUUUGCAACCCCAGUCAUUGCAAUCGCAAAGUCUGCAACCUCCGACUUUACAGCCCCAGGGUCUACCACCUCAAGGAUUGCAGCCUCAAGCAUUGCCACCUCAAGGCUUGCAGCCACAGACACUGCAGCCACAAGGCUUACAGCCGCAGGGUUUGCAACCGCAGAGCUUGCAGCCACAGCAGCAGGCAUCAGCCUCUGUUGGCAUUGGGGUUGCCUCUUCAGCAUCAUCAGUCCCUCCGCCUAGCCCCACAGUGUCUACGUUGUUUUCUAGCAUGGCAGACAGCUACCGACCUCCGAGCCAGCCCUCUUCACUGCCCACACCUAUGAUCUCCGAUCAGGACCUGCAAAGUUCACUGCCUCCACUGCCUUUGGCGGGUGUGCCAAGUGUGGUGCCAGCUUCUGUGGAUGAUCUUUGCCCUCUGGAGGGUCCUUUGAGCAGUUCUCUGGAUGUGCCGUAUGCAUGCCCAUUGCCUCCUGAGGAUCCCUACCUUCUGCCACCUGAUGAUGUGCUGCCUCCUAUUGAGCCUAUGACCAAGCGCAAGCCCAGCCGGAGCAAAAAGAAGGCCAAGACGUCUCAGGAAAUGCCCCCUCUGGGCUUGGGGCCUGGGGAGGGCCUCAUGCCUCCGGAUUUCAUGAUGCCUCCAGGAAGCCCAGGUGGCAUGCCCUUGCUUCUUCCGCAGCCACCGGGUAUGGAGGUUCCACCUCCUGCUGCAAAGAAGAGCAAGAAGCGCAAACCUAAGGAGCCCAAAGAAGGAGAGCCUCCCAAGGAGCCUAAACCUAAGAAGCCAAAAAAGCCCAAGGCUCCCAAACCUCCUAAAGAACCAAAAGAGGGAGGAGCCCCAAAGCGAAAGAGCAAGUCUAAAAAGAAGACUGCUGCAGAGCAGGGAGCAGCUGCAGCUGCAUCACAGGUUCCACCAUCAGAUGGUCAGGAUUCUGGAGCUCCUUUGCCAGAAGCAGCCCUUGAACAAACUGAAGGAAGUAGCACAGUUGAUGCAGCUGUGGCAGCAGUAGCAGCAGGGACCGACAUGGCAGCGCCAACAUUAUCAACUGCUGAUGGGCAGUUGCCAACAGAUGAGGUGAAAGCAGAUGGAGAGGCUGUCCAACCUGCGGAAGAAGGCAAAACACCGAAAAAGAAGUCGAAAGAGAAGAAAGAGAAAAAAGAACCAAAAACACCAAAGGAAGGAACACCUAAAACACCAAAGGCACCAAAGAAAAAACUUCCCAGGUUGUCUCUCAAAUUCAGCAAAAAGAAGAAACGCAAACGGUUGGGUUCCUCUGACAAGUCUGAUUUAGAAGCCACUCCACCUCCUUCUCCUGAAGAAGGUGAUGGAGGAGUACAGAAGCGACGGUCAUCUCGUAAUACCCAUAGAAAGAAAUACACUGAUGACAUUGAACUACAGUUGAGUGGUGAUGAGGCUGUUUUAGAUGGUCUGCAUGCUUCACAUGCUCUGAGAGGGCAGGAAAGCAAAAAUGUCCAAGUUCUUGUCAAUGUCGUCACUGAAGACACAAUGGUAGUAGAGAAAAUCUUGGCUUCUCGGAUGGCAACCAGAAAGUCCGAAGAGGAAGACAAGGAGCCAAUGGAAGUAGAAGAGUUUUUUGUUAAGUAUAAGAAUCUUUCAUACAUUCAUUGUGACUGGAAGACUCUGGAAGAGUUGGAGAUGACUGAUAAGCGUGUGCUGCAGAAAGUCAAGCGUUUCCGUCAAAAGAAGGACAACAUCAACUCAAUCUUUGACUUCCUUGAAGAUGAGCCCUUUAACCCCGACUACGUAGAGGUAGAUCGUAUCUUGGACAUGACUGAAACAAUAGACCCCAUAGAAGGGGACGAUGCGAAUCGAGUUGAUGUCAAAGAUGAAAAGCCAGCAAUGAAAAUUGAAGAAAAAAUUACUGAAGAUCAGGUGAAGGCCGAGCCAAUGGAUACUACUGAGCCUGUGGAGCAUAGUGGAGGUGGGGACGAGUGUAAAGUGCAGGAGCAAACGGAAAACCAAACAACAGAGGAUAAAACUGAAGGGGAUAGUAACGGAGUACCUCAAAACUGCGCUUCCGAGCCAGUUGAAGAAGUCAAGAAAAAGGACAGUGGUACUGCCUCUGAAAUUUUAAAUGCUCCAGCAGCCGUUGGUGAAAGCCCUGAUAGUAGCAUGUGUGAAGAUGGGACAACUCAACUUUCGCAGCAGCCAAUCAAAAAAGAGCCGCUUGACGAAGAGAUGCCUGACAGCGUAAAACCAGAGGAUGACAGUGUGUUUGAGGACACUGGAGCAACCACAGCUGUCAAGUCUGAUGAUGAUUUGUUGCCGAAGGAACCGAAGGAAGAAAAGCCAGAACUGAGCAAGGCUGGCAGCACUGAUGAGUCCGAUAGUAGGAAGCCAAAACCGGUGCGCACUACCCACAAGCAUUACUUAGUCAAAUGGAGAGGUCUGUCCUACGAGGAAAGCACAUGGGAGUUAGAAGAAGAUGUGGAUCCACUGAAGGUCGAGCACUUUCUGAGGUUUAAAGACCCUCCCCCUAAAGAGAAAUGGAAAGUGAAAAAGCGGCCGAAACCGUCUGAGUGGAAGCAGAUAGACGAGUCGCCAGUCUAUAAAGGAGGGAACACGUUGAGAGAAUACCAACUGGAAGGUCUUAGCUGGCUAACUUUCUGCUGGUACAAUGGACAAAACUGUAUCCUGGCUGAUGAAAUGGGCCUGGGCAAGACUAUUCAGUCUUUGACCUUUAUCAACGAAAUAGUAAAAUACGGUAUCAAUGGACCAUUUUUGGUCAUUGCUCCACUUUCGACAAUCGGCAACUGGCAGAGAGAGUUUGAAACGUGGACUGAACUGAACGUUAUCACCUACCAUGGAUCGUCGGCAAGUCGCAAUAUGAUCCAGGAGUAUGAAAUGUACUACAAGGAUGAAAAUGGGCAGCGAAUUACUGAUGUGUACAAGUUCCAAGUGAUGAUCACGACAUUCGAGAUAGUGCUCAGUGAUUGCAUGGAGCUGCAGGCACUCCCAUGGCGUGCCUGUGUGAUUGAUGAGGCCCACAGACUGAAGAAUCGAAACUGCAAGCUUCUAGAAGGGCUCCGAAUGCUCAAUCUUGAGCACAGCGUUUUGCUGACUGGAACCCCUUUGCAAAACAACGUCGAAGAGUUGUUCAGCUUGCUGAAUUUCUUAGAGCCUAGCCGUUUCAGCUCCACUGAGACAUUCAUGGAAGAGUUUGGAGACCUGAAGACGGAAGGGCAGGUCGACAAGCUCAAAGCGUUACUAAAACCCAUGAUGUUGCGUCGUCUCAAAGAGGACGUUGAAAAGAGCCUGGCUCCUAAGGAAGAAACCAUCGUUGAGGUGGAGCUGACUAACAUCCAAAAGAAGUACUAUCGGGCCAUUUUGGAACGCAAUUUUGCCUUCUUGACGAAAGGUGGAGUGGGCACAAAUGUCCCGAAUCUCAUGAACACCAUGAUGGAGCUACGGAAGUGCUGCAUUCAUCCUUACCUAAUCAAAGGAGCAGAGGAGCAGAUCCUGCAGGAGUACCGGCUUCAGCAUGGCGACUCCUUGGACAUGACACUCAAUGCCCUGGUGCAAGCAUCUGGGAAGCUGGUGUUGCUAGACAAACUACUUCCUAAGCUUAAGGAUGGUGGCCAUCGUGUGCUCGUUUUCUCUCAGAUGGUGCGCUGCCUGGACCUGCUUGAAGAUUACCUUGUCCACAAAAGGUAUCCCUAUGAACGAAUCGAUGGGAGAGUUCGUGGAAACCUUCGUCAGGCUGCCAUUGAUAGGUUUUGCAAACCAGAUUCUGACAGAUUUGUGUUUCUGUUGUGUACAAGGGCAGGUGGCUUGGGCAUCAAUCUCACUGCAGCUGACACUGUAGUAAUUUUCGACUCCGAUUGGAACCCACAAAAUGACCUUCAGGCGCAGGCUCGUUGCCACAGAAUUGGACAAUCAAAGGCUGUCAAGGUGUACCGUCUCAUAUGUCGGAACACAUAUGAGCGAGAAAUGUUCGACAAAGCCAGCCUGAAGCUUGGUCUGGACAGGGCAGUCUUGCAGUCAAUGAACUCUCAAAAGGAGAGUGUUGGAACCAAUCAGCAGCUUACUAAGCAAGAAAUUGAAGAUCUUCUUCGUAAGGGUGCCUAUGGUGCCAUUAUGGAUGAUGAUGGUGAAGGCAACAAUUUCUGCGAAGAAGACAUUGACCAAAUUUUGCUACGUCGCACACACACCAUCACCAUAGAAUCUGAAGGGAAAGGUUCUACAUUCUCCAAGGCCUCCUUUACUGCUUCAUCCACGCGCAGCGAUAUAGAAAUUGAUGAUCCCAACUUCUGGGAAAAGUGGGCCAAGAAGGCAAACUUGGAUGUGGAUGAGCUGAAAGGCAGAAAUGAGCUAAUCUUGCAAGAACCUCGGAGGCGCACUCAGACUAAGCGUUUUGGCACUGAUGACAACAUGUUGGACUUGUCAGAGCUGGAGUCUAGCGAUGAGGAUGAUGAAACAGGAGUCCGGACUCGGGGAAGCCGGCGUUCACGUCACCGUGACUCUCCCAUAAUUGGUGGCCGAGCACGUCGUGGUGGCCGAGCCAGUCGUGGUUUCUGUGAGGAUGAAUUCUUAGGUGAUAUUGCACCUGGAAACUGGACACGCACUGAGUGCUUCCAAGUGGAGAAAGGAUUGCUCACUUUUGGUUGGGGCCGUUGGGAAGAGAGCAUAGCGAUUGGACUUUGGCGACGACGAGUCAUGCCAAAAGAUGUAGAGGACAUCUCCAGGGUUGUGCUCUUGUACUGUCUGCGGCACUACAAGGGUGAUGAGAAGAUCAAGGGCUUCAUUUGGGAUCUGAUAGCACCUUCUGAAGAUGGCGAGACUAGGAUCCACAAAAAUCACUCAGGUUUGUCGGCACCUGUGCCAAGAGGGCGGAAAGGGAAGAAGCUUAAGAAUGGUAAAGGAGAACCAGACUCGCCCGACAUGUUGGCUGACUGGGCUCGAGAUGACCAGUACAACCCGGACCUUCUUCUUUGCGAUGAUGGCUAUCGCAAGCACUUGCAUCGGCAUGCUAACAAGGUUCUUCUGAGGGUUCGCCUUCUCUACUACUUGAAACAUGAAAUAAUCGGAGAUUUGCAUCAGCAAGUGUUUGCAGGAGUGCCAGCCAGGGACAUUCCUAUUCCUCCACCAGCAGCUGAUGGUGAACCUCCAGCACCUUGGUGGGACGAAGAUGCUGACAAAUCCCUUUUGAUAGGGGUGUACAAACACGGUUAUGAAAGGUUCAACCUGAUGCGACAAGAUCACACCUUGUGCUUUCUGGCACGAUGUGGUCCUCCUGAUGGGGCUGCGCUUCUAGCAGAAAUGACGGCGAAUCCUGAGGACCUUGAAGACAAGCGUGAAGAAGGAAAGAAGGACCUUGAUGAAGAAGAGCCUGUCUCUCCUGAGCCAUCCACAUCUUCAGAGGCAAAGCCUCCUUCAGAGUCUUCAGAGCAAGUGGCCCCAACUGGAGAACAGCCUGUGCCCAAUCCUGCUGUGCCCACUACUACUGUGCCUCAAGUGCCAGGUGAAGUGGGCACUUUGGAAUUCCCUUCUCCUUCUGACUUGAACACACGCCUUCGGCGCAUCAUUACCAUGUACCAACGGAACCACAAAAAGAGGGAGCUCAUCAAUGCUCAGCGUGCAAGGAACACAGCCUACCAGAUUUUAACGGCUAUUCAGGUGGAGGGUUUUAACUUUGUAAAUCGAAUGGAAAGAAGAGAGAAGUUUGAAGCUGCCAUUCGUGAGAGAGAAAUACGUAGACUUGAAACUCAGCAGAGGUGGUCAAGACGUGAAGAAGCGGAGUUCUAUCGAGCAGUGUCUUGCUAUGGUGUGGACUAUCGACGCCAGGAGCAGCGCUUUGUGUGGGAUGGCUUUCGCACAGUAGGCCGUCUUGAGCGCAAACGAGAUGACACUUUGACUGAGUACUUUCGUGCCUUCCGGGCAAUGUGCAGGCGUGUGUGUGGGCGGAAAUUAGGCGAGGAAGAUGAGAACCUGCAGUAUGUUGUUGAGCCAAUCUCUGAAGAGAGAGCCACCCGUUGUUUGCAACGCAUUGAACUGUUGAGCAAAAUAAGAGAAGAGAUUUUACCACAUCCUGAACUGGACGAAAGACUGAAACUCUGCCAGCCAUCCAUGGAUCUUCCGGACUGGUGGAUUUGUGGACGGCAUGAUAAAGAUCUGCUCAUUGGUGCAGCGAAGUAUGGCUUAAGCAGAAUGGACUAUCAUCUCCUGAAUGAUGGAGAACUUUCUUUUCGUGAAGUUGUUCGGGCACAGUCUGCAUCGAAGCCACCUAUAAUGAUUGUUGGCCACCAUGGGCACACUUUUCCUGUCCCAACUACCUCAGUGGAUGCUACAAUGCCAACCAUUUUAAAAUCAUCUGUUGACAAUGACCUAGAAGUUUGUCCAGAGAUCGCUGCUCAAGAUACUGUUGUUCCUCCUCCAUCCAAGGAUGAAAAUGCUGUUCUUCCUCAGUUCAUUGAUACAAAGGUCAACAAUUCGUGUGAAAAUGAAAAGCCUGCCCCUGAAACUCCUGUUGAAGCUGAGAAGUCUACCCCUGGGGAGGAAAGUGUAUUAAAAGUGGCUAAGAAGCAUGACGAGGAUACGGUCCCAUCAGAAGCUAUAAACGCAAAGUCUGAAGAAGCCUGCUCACCCAAAGUUUCUCUUCAGGAAUGUGAGAUGUCGGACAAGGAAGAGCUAAGCCAGAAAUCUUCUAAACAUGAAGAUAAUUGUAUGAAAGGCAGUAUUGACGAGGAACCUGUUCAAGCUGUGAAAAGCAAUGACAUAAAUGAGGUGGCACCUGUAUCUGAUAAACCUUCUGAAAAUUGGGCUUUAAAACAGGCACUUCUAGAAGGCAGCAAAAAGGAGGAGGCUGUCAAACUGGGUGAGCUGCCUUUAGAAGAACCAAAGAAAAGUGAAGAAAAGGAGGGCAUAGACUUUGUUUCUGAAAUGGAAAAAGAACCUGAUAAAGUUCUCUCGGAGCCCAGCACUAGGGAAACAACAGAAGGAAAGUCGCUGGAAAUAAAUGACGAUGAAGCCAAAGAUGAACUCCAGAAAACAGGUACUACUGAGGAGAACCAACAGGAGCAGCCUGCCUCGUUUGACAACUCUACUGUACAGGAAGCUUCGUCUGCGUCUCUGGGGUGCACGCCAAUGGAGAUGUCAAUGUCAGGACUUGUGCCUCCACCCCCUAUAAUAGAUGAUGACAAUUCAAAGACUGAUGUUGAGAAGACUGAUACAGAGCAAGAUCCUGUAGAAAUCGUUCCUAGUGGCACAAAAAUGCCUCUCUCGGGAUUUCCACCAUUCCGUGUUCUCACUCCUCAGUUGACCGAAGAAUCUCAGGAAACAAAUUCACAGCAGGAUGACGUUUUAAGCCAAGAGAGUUUCAACUUAGAUGGAGAAGGCGGAACAGAGCCUCAAGUUGUACAUUUCUUGGCUCACUCUACUCGCAAUCCAGUUCGAUGGCCUAAGGUAAUGCCAGAUCUACAGUUUUGCAUGGUUGACAAAGUACUUCAGAUUCGGUUGGAAUACAUUGUACAUGCUGUGGAGAAAAAGGAAUGGCCAGUACCUCGUCAAGGUUUCACAUUGUUGCCAGCUACUCCAACUGAGUGCCCAUCAUCACCUGUGGCCUCAUCAGUAGCAUCUGGCUGUGAACAAACCCUGCAUGCCACUCCUGAGCACAUUUCCUCUCCUGUGAUCAUACGAGAGCAGCACCCUGCACCACCACCACCACCACCACCACCCCCUCCUCCUCCACCACCUGCUCCUUCAGCUACCCCGGUUAUCCUUCCUGACCUGACCUCAAGACUUUCCCCAGCACUUGUGACACCAAAUGUGGCAGCCACUGUGGCUGGCUUUGCAGCUGCAACUGUUACAUCGUCUGUGGAAAUGCCUCCAGUUGUGUCUGUGCCUGCUGGUCGCCAUAGUCCUAUCCCACCAUUGCCGAACGAUGACUUGCUCAUAGGCACAAGGCGGAGAAGAAGGAGACGAAGGUUCGAAAUAGAGGCAGAGAGAGCCAAGCUACGAGCACUCCUGUCCCAUAACUUGCAACAGCAGCAACUGAAGCAACUCCAGCAGUUUUUGGCACCCCCUCCACCACCGAGCACGAGCAGCCUGCCCAGUACUCUAGCCACGGCUACCGCACCCAUGAGUACUAUGGCCCCAAGCGUACCAGCCAGUGUGGUGGCCUCAGCAGUCACUGCCGUUGUCACUGCAUCCACAGUAACAACACCGCAGCCGGCACACCGUGAUGAGCCAAGCAAGCCUCCCCCGCCACCACCUGCUCACCAAGGUUCAUCAUCAGUGCGGGGAGGAGGGCCACCAGCCAGUGCGCUGGGCAUGCUCGAUCUGCGAGUCAAAGCUGCUCCCACGCCGCCGCCUGCCAAGGCCAGCACACCGGUCCCACCUUCCGAGGAGCCACCCAUGGACUUGAGCUCAGGAGGCUCAGUGCCUGCCACAUCAAAUUUAUGUGCAGCAGCUACUAUGGUGCCCUCUGUGCGAUCGGCCCUGCUCAAUGGUGCCGUGGCAGCCAAUCGGGGGCGAGGAGGUGGGCGAGGGCGGCGUUCUGGUGGUAGCCGCAUUGAUGCCCUGGCCCUCAACCUGCAAGCACGUAAGCAGCAGCAGCUGCGUGAGGAGCAUAAGCAGCCAGGAUCGAGUGCUGAUGAGAGGGACGAUUCAGAUGCCUCUUCAACCACCUCUGCCCCAGCUGUGCCCCCACCAACACCAAUGGCGCUCCCUAUGUCAGGGGGAAAGCUGCAUGUAGAUGAAAAGGAGUUGGAGCGGCUGCUGGCCAGAAAGAGUCGCCACGAGGAGCCUCCCAAACCCCACAAAAGCACAGCAGUGCCCUUGUCCCUGUCCUCUAUGCUGUCUUCAAGCGUUCUGCCUCAUGGAGCAGACGUACCCAGCAGCAGUCGACAAGUCAGGGACAUUCCCAGUCUGAGCAGCGUGGCUACUAGCCUCCCUGGCGCGAACAAGGCUGUGGAUUCUCGCGGUGGCUCUUCAGCCCUUCAGCAACAGCAGCAGCAGCAGCAGCAGGCGGCAGAGCAGGCCUCGGCGGCAGCAGCCAUGCAUCAGGACCUCAAACGCUGGCUGGAUGACCAUCCUGAGCUGAUGGCCAGCCACCCAAGUUUGACAGCCGCUGCAGCAGCCAUGGCCUUUUCGCCUAUGCCCUCUCUGUCGAGCCAUCAGCUGGAGUUGCUCGAGUUGCCCGAGUCAAGGCGAAGGGGCAGGAGACCUCGGUUGGACCCUAGCAAGCUGGAUCCGCACUGCCUCACCGGAGAUGAGAAUGUCUCUGUGAUCAAUCGGCUGACCGGGAAGAAGAUCACUGGAAGCAAGGCACCUCCUCUGAAGCACCUUGCCGAGUGGUUAGAGAAAAACCCCAUGUUCGAUGUUGACCCGAAAUGGUCGCAACUUGUCAAGGAACGGAGGUGGUUGCAGCAAGCAAAACAAAACGAAGAUGCGAAAAACCAGAUGUCUCAGUCAACAUCUGCAAGGCGCAAACGUGGUCAUCUUCCGGAAAUGCCGAAGGAGCGCAUGGGAGCCCCCGAGAGCAAGCGCGGCAGGAGGACGGCAGCGUCCCUCUUGUCGAGCCUGCAUCAGUCUGGUCUUGGGGGAGCCUCCUCAUCUUCUGGUGGCGCGGCGAACCUCGGGUUUCCCUCUACCUCCGCCCUGAACCCUCUGAGCUUCAGCAGCAGCAUGCUGGGAAAUUUUCCAGGGCUCAAGUUUUUCAUGGAGCCCGGCAAGUCGUCAGCAGCAGUGACAUCCCCAUCAACGUCGUCGGCCACACCCCCUCUAUUUUUGCCAUUUGGCGGCCUGGCAGGUAUGGGAUUGGCCAAUCCCUUGUUCAGCUUCCCCGGCCUGGGCUUCCAAGGCCUGCCCUUUGAGGAGGCCAAGGAAACCAAGGCCCAAGAUGGUGAGCGGGCCCCCAGCAAGGAGCGCCAUAGCAAAGGUACCCCCAGCAGCAGCAGUGGCGGUGGUGGCGGCAGCAGCGGCGGCAGCAGCAGCACAAACCUUCCUACAUCAUCAGCUAGCUUAGCAUCAACAUCGUUUCCUUUCCUGUACCCCUCAGGACUGCUCUACAAUCCCUUGGGCCUGGGUGGCUUCUCGCUACCCACGAACAUGUCGGCCUCAUUUGCCUCUCUGGCCCAGGCAGGCCUGGUGAAUGGCCUCGGGGGGCUGGGUAGUGUCAUCUCGUCAGCGGCAGGCAAGGCCCCUUCAGCGUCUUUGGCCAGCUCAAGGCGACCUGCUGCGCCCUCGGUCACAUCUGCCCUCGGAGCUGGCUUGCGUAGCAGUGUACUUCCGCCUCCAUUAUCCACGACUGCUGCUCGCCGGCCCGCACCAAUACCCCCACCAACCCUUGACUCCGAUGAUGAGAGUCUCAUGGGCAACGACAUGGACGACCUGGAUGAUCUCGACGACCGCGACAACUCGGAUGAGCUAGAUGAUGAGCCUGACCAAAAGAGGCCACGUGAAGAGCGGUCUAGCAAAAAGCCAGAAGCACCACCCCAUGAUAAGGUUGCGUCAUAGCUGGCCUUCACAAACAUUUAUUUGGGGUAUGGCUUGGGAAGCACCUCUGGGUUUCUAUUUUCUGCUCUUUUGUACAGUCGAACUCCAUUAUAAAAGACAGCAGUAUGCCUACAGUGAAAUACAGGGGAUAGGAAAAUGCAUACAAGAUCCUCUGCUUGUAAGAGACAUCUCAAAUAAAAGAGAAGAAUUGCAGCCUGGGGCAUGCCUUUUAUAAAGGAGUUCAACCGUAUUUAUAGUCUGUCACUGGAAAGGCUUGCAUUUGGUUAAAACCUCUCCCGUAUGGAUGAUGCACUUUUGUUCUCCAUCUAGAUGCCUGGUUCCUUGUAUUUAGUUUAUCGGUUUGAACAGGCCUUCUUAUUUCUUCUUCUGACUUUCCUUCCCUUUGAUACAUCUACGGGUUUCUCUGCAGUGCAAACUAAUCACGCAGUGGGCUAUUUGCAUAGCAUCUUUCAAUUGUCGGAAUUCAUGUAUUGGUGUUGCUCUUUUUGCUAGUAGACUAUGGCUUCACUUUGUGAAGCCAGCAACAGGCACCUCGCUGCUUGGCCAUGUAUGACCACUCGCAGUCCCAUCACUUAAAUGUUUCUUACGGGUGAGACAUUCCUGAAACUUUCUUUGUGCUUUGUUUUGUUUUACUUUCUGCGUCUGCUUACAUUUUAUGUACCUCUCAAAUAGCACGUACUUACAAGGCGAAGUAAACGUCGCAUUACGUGAGCUGAGGGGAACAUGAAAUUACCUUUGCGGCAACAUUUUAAGGAAUGUGUAAAUAAUAGUGGUCCUUAAGAUGUGGCUUGCACAAGAAUUUGCUUGUGAGAAUGGAAAGGUAGGCCAUAAUAGUUUGUGUCACUUUUUGUCACCAUAUGGUAUCCUUUCUGAAAACUUCAUAUAAGCACCUGUGCUUUGUUACUGUAGAUUCUUUUUUAUGCUUUUACCAUGGUAUGAUUGUCGAAAUGAAUGGAAAGGUAGGCCAUAAUAGUUUGUGUCACUUUUUGUCACCAUAUGGUAUCCUUUCUGAAAACUUCAUAUAAACUCCUGUGCUUUGUUACUGUAGAUUAUUUUUUAUGCUUUUAUCAUGGUAUGAUUGUCGAAAUGAAUGGAAAGGUAGGCCAUAAUAGUUUGUGUCACUUUUUGUCACCAUAUGGUAUCCUUUCUGAAAACUUCAUAUAAGCACCUGUGCUUUGUUACUGUAGAUUCUUUUUUAUGCUUUUACCAUGGUAUGAUUGUCGGUGUGUUGCAUGCGUGUGCAUACAUGGUCAGAAUGACUUGCUCUCGUUGAAAUCUCACAUUGUAUUUAUUUUUUACUCAUUUGAAGGUCAUGGAAGUGUAGGCCACUCUUAUGAACCGAAGUGGUAGCAUUGUUGGCACGAUGUUUUGGUUUUAUAUUGUCCACAUUUACAGAAAUGGAAUGCAGGGCUGAUAAAAAUCUUGCUUUUUAACGUUUGUUUUUUAUGGGUAUUGUGAGCAGGAUUCAUAAAACUGUGAAAUGGGCGCGUAAUUUUGUGCACAUUCAUGGCCCCUUGCACAUAGCAAACCAGCAUUUCCAUUGUUAAGAUUUAAAAAGACAUGCCCAAGGUGAUGUCUGACGGCAUUGUACAAAGAAUUUGCGGUUGUGUACAGAUAUCGUCCUCCGCCCUCUUGCCCCAUGCAGCUUCUUGUUUUGAUAUACAUCGAUGUCAUAAAAUAGGAAAAUGCUUUCUGCCAUUGGCUGAACUGACAAAGGCACUGAAAGAUAGUAACAACACAUUUUGACCUGCCUCUGUCAGAACAGCUGUUCUAAAAAAAGGUUAUUUUGGACAUAUAUAAAUAUAUAUAUAUAUAACACAACACACAUACACAUAUAUAUAAUUAUAUACACACUCACGUGCAUUUCCUCUUUAGACUAUUUUUUUUUCUUUUGCCUAGACAGCUUUUACUUUGCCUUAGGUGCAGGGCAGGGGCAUUCUUAUCGACCAUUUUAUGUAAGAUUACUUGAGUGUCUGCGUCGUCUUGUCAGUUGUUCAGACAUGAUGAGGCAUUUGUGUAUAGCUGUGAAACCAUUGUAAAGGUUCUACGAACAAGUAAUUGUGUAUGUUUUUAUCUUUUCAAAGGGCACUGUGGUAGUGCUGCUUUAUUCCUAUUUUUCUAUCAAGUUCUGACUGCUUUUAUGUACUGUGGCUUUUUCUGCAUACUCAGUUUCUGUUGCAUACACCUGCUUUUUAUAUAUAUAUAUAUAUAUAUAUAUAUAUAUAUAUAUAUAUAUAUAUAUAUAUAUAUAUAUAUAUAUAAUAGUGCCUUCUUUGCACCACUGUCUUUUGUUUAGUUGCUGAGUUUUGUGCCGACAUUUAUUUACAGAGAACUUAUAAACUUAUAUGCAAUGCCUACCUUUGCUUUAUUUCUGUCACUACGUUGUAAAAUUUAUUUAUUUGCUGCUUUGCUCUGCAGUUUUGUUGGUGUUAGUUUGAGGUGAGUUGAGCUUGUCGCCUCAUUAGCAUUGGAUUAAGGUAGCUGUGUGAGCUGAGAAUGCAUGUCCCUUUGCCCUUCAGUCUUUUUUAUUUUCUCAUCAUUUUUUAGUCAGCUUAGAGGUAGCUAUAUCAGAAGGCGGGCACGGAGAAGUCUACAAGAGUCGUGCCUUCUGUGUCGACAAAGGAAAACCCUGUACAUGCAAUGUUGGUUGGGAAAAAAAAAAAUGAAUAAGUGACGUUGGACUUUUUGUGACACCAGCAAUGUCAUAGUGCAUGAGUGAUGCAACCUUUCAUAUAGUGUUUGUACAAGUGUAUGAAAUUAAAUCUUGAAAGUGAAAGAACAA